ACACACACACAGACACACACAUACACAGACACAGACACACACACACACACGCUCUCUCUCUCUCUCUCUCUCUUUCCGUCUGUCUUUCUUUCUACCUCUCAGUCUGUGAUAAUGGAGCCCAGCAGUCCGAAGAAGAUCCAGUUUGCUGUGCCUCCUCUGCAGGGACAGCUGGACCCACAGGCCAGCGAACAUAUCCGCCGCAGACGACCGACUCCUGCGACUCUGCAGAUCUACAGACAACCUGGCACAGAUGUUGGCGAUCAGAACAACGCCAGCGGAGAGUCACAGGAGUCGGAUUCGUCUCAGAGGAAGCAGAGCACCUUCGCCCCCCCCACCAUGAAAGGGAAGCUGGAAAGUGCUGUGCCCGAGGAGGAAGAGGAGGAGAACAUCCCUCAGAAAGACUGAUCCAGAGAAGAAGAAUUUGUCUCUUUGUUAUUCUGGACGAACCAACAGACGAACUUCAGCUUCAGCAGCAACACGACAGGACUUUGAUUUUCAGUGGAGAGCAGAUCAGGAACCAUGUGACUUCUCUCAGUCGCAAUGAACCAGUGAGAAACCAGAGCUGACAUCACUGAGCACAUCCACACAAACUGAAUCCACCGUUACUCUUUACUCUGUUUGACCUGUUUCAGGUGGAAGUUCAUUUCUUAUCCUUCAACAGAAGCAGAAAACUGAUAAAAAGAAAAUUCUGAUGCUGUGAAACACAAUUUCUCUUCAAAUUCCCACUGAAAAACUACUAUAAAAGAUGAUUUUAGUUUUAUCUUUGGUCAAAUUAAUAACAUAUUUCCCAGUGGAUAAAACCACUGAUUUGUCACCAUAAACAUCGAUUUACUAGGAAAAACUAAUUAAAAAAACGUAAUGUUUAUUAAAAUAGAAAACAAGCAGACUUACUAUAAGUAUUAAUUAUUGCCAUAAUCCAUUAAUCCUGUUUUGUUUUGUCCAGAAACCAAGAAAUCUUCAGUUUUAAAAGACGCUCGACAGAGAAAAGCAUCAAACUGACUCUUUGCAGAAGCUGCAACCAAAGACAAACGGUCACUUUUUCCUGUUUUUGGUUGAAAUAUUUAGUAAAAAUGAAUCGGGAUCGUUGCUUAAACUGCCUGAUAACUGAUUUCAUGUUUUAAAAUGUUCAGUGUGAUCAGACAUUUAAAGAUGCUCGACACCAAACGCCUGUAAAACACAUCAACUUAGAUACAGCUGAGAAUAUAAAGCAAUAACUUUAAUACAUGCAGCUUUCUAGCAUAAAGACAUUUUGACGCGAUAUUAUUACGCGUGUUUUUCCUGCAGUGCCAAAGUUUUCACUGAGGAGAAUGUGUGUUAUUUGAUGACUGAUAGAACAAUAUAGUGAGUGAGCAGUUUUCACUGAGCAGCUCUCAACCAAUCACUUAAACACACGUGUGUUAAGAAUCAUCACGGUUGAGCAGGUUUGACUCGUCAUGUUUGAUGAACUGGAUUCGAUCUAAAAUCUGAUUCUAUUCAACAUGAAUCAGUGAAUCUACAGGAUGACGAUGAACUGAUGAGACAUUUUGUUUUUUUUAAUCUUCUGUAUAUUCAGUUUGUUUCUUUGUGACUUAUUUUGUUUUUUUUUAUCACUAACAGCAAUAACAUGUCACCUGUGAUUUUCUACACAAUAAAACAUUAGAAUAUAAAACCUCUGACAUCA